AUGGCAAAAUCAAGACCAACCAAAAAUCAGAUGAAAACGUUGGUUGAACUUAUGUCCAAUAACCCGAGACUGAAUUCUGGCAAAUUUUCUGCCAACUUUACCAAACAAAUUGCCAAAGCAAGAUGGGAAGAUAUUGCAAAUGAAUUAAAUUCAUUACCCAGCGCUGAAAAAUCAUGGGAAAAAUGGAAAAAGGCUUGGCAAGACACAAGAACAACUGCAAAAACUAAGGCUGCAGCAAUUAAAAAACACAUCCAAGGAACUGGAGGAGGACCUCCUAGUAAUUGUUUGUCAGAGGCUCAAUUAGAUACAAUUCCAUUAAUGAGCCAAGUUGCUAUAAGUGGUCAUUUAAAUUCCUUUGAGUCUGAUGUUACAUUCAAUUAUGACAAACCUAUGGACCAAUCACAAAUAUCUACUUGUUCAUAUUAUAAUGUUGAUGAUAAUGAAAAAGAAAAAACAAGUAAGCGCAUGAACUUUGAACACUAUGAACCUAAGAAAAAACAAACUGCUUCUGAAAGAUUAUCAGACAGCAACAACGCUGCUCAGAGUAUGAUUGACAUUGCAACUCAAAAAUUAAAAAUUAAAUCAAAUUACUAUGAUGAAAAAUUGAUGCUAAUGAAACAAAACAAUCAGAUCCUUGGCAACAUCCACACACUUUUAGAAACAUACAUUCAAAAUAAUAAAAUUAUGUAA